UAUAUUUGUAAAAAAAAACACAACAAGUUUUUGAUUUUAGCCCUCCAUGACAGCUUCAAGUAGAAAUGUUAGAUUUAAUGUAUCAGAUGAUUAUGAAAUAUUGGAUGUUAUAGGUGAAGGUGCUUAUGGCAUUGUAUGUUCAGCAAUUCAUAAACCAAGUGGGCAAAAGGUUGCUAUUAAGAAGAUAUCGCCUUUUGAUCAUUCUAUGUUUUGUUUGAGAACAUUGCGUGAAAUGAAGCUACUUCGUUAUUUUAAUCAUGAAAAUAUUAUUUCUAUCUUGGAUAUUCAACAGCCACAAGAUUUUGAAUCUUUUUCAGAGGUGUAUUUGAUACAAGAACUUAUGGAAACUGAUAUGCACCGUGUAAUUCGUACACAGGAUUUGUCAGAUGAUCAUUGUCAAUACUUUAUUUAUCAAAUACUUCGUGCUUUAAAGGCUAUGCAUAGUGCAGACAUUCUGCACCGAGAUUUAAAGCCGUCUAACUUAUUGUUAAACGCCAAUUGUGAUCUUAAAGUAUGUGAUUUUGGCUUGGCACGAUCUGCUGUUAGUACGGAGGAUAGUAGUAGUUUUAUGACAGAGUAUGUGGCAACACGCUGGUAUCGUGCGCCUGAGAUUAUGUUAACCUUCAAAGAAUACACCAAAGCAAUUGAUAUUUGGAGCGUUGGAUGUAUUCUUGCAGAGAUGCUUAGUGGGAGACCUUUAUUUCCCGGCAAAGAUUAUCAUCAUCAACUUAUGCUUAUAUUGGAUGUACUGGGUACACCAACAAUGGAAGAUUAUUAUGGAAUCAAGUCUCGCAGAGCACGAGAGUAUAUUAGAUCAUUGCCAUUUAAGAAGCGGGUUUCGUUUGCUUCUAUAUUUCCUAGGGCUAAUCCUCUUGCUUUGGAUUUGUUAGAGAAGUUAUUGGCUUUUAAUCCUGCAAAAAGGGUAACUGCAGAAGAAGCACUUCAACAUAACUAUCUUGAGCCAUAUCAUGACCCGGAUGAUGAGCCAACUGCACCACCUAUCUCACCAAGUUUUUUUGACUUUGAUAGAAUAAAAGAUAGUCUUACUAAAAAUGAUUUAAAAAUUCUUAUUUAUAAGGAAAUUAUGAGUAUGAACAAUUGAUUCUCUGGAUAUCUUUAGACCAGAUUAUGUUAUAUUUUUCAG